GCCAUGACGGGCAGCCCGGAGAACAUCCCGCUGGGAGAGUGCGCGCUGUCGCAGUCCCGGGACCAGCUGACGCCGCCCAGCCGCACGGACAGCACCGUGCUGACUCUGUCCCGCAGCGACUCGCUCUGGACGGCCGAGACGCCGCCGGGCCGCUGCCAAGUCUUCUGGUUCCCCAUCCACUUCAUGUCCACGGGCAGCGGCCUGCUGGUGUGCGGCGUCAUCAUCAGCGGCUUCUACUUCGCCGGCCACAGCAGGAAGGUGAGCAACUUCCUGGGCCCCGCCCUGCUCUCCAUCGGCCUCAUGGUGCUGGUGGUGGGCGUGGUCCUCAUCCCUAUCACCAAGGAGAACCGGAGACGCUCCGGCGUGAAGAAGCCGCUGGCUUACCACCGACAGCCCGCCUUCGACAUCUGACCGCCGCCUCGACGCCAAGGAGGACUAGCACGGUCUGUAGUCUGUUCCGGGGUCAAGCUGUGGCCACAGUUUUUGGAGUGUGUGGUACAAGUGUAAGGAGAA